UGCAAGAGUCGAAAGCCGUCUAUUAUAAGUAUUUAGUCAAAGACGGUAGGCGUGUCAUUCGUCCGUCAGGCCCGCUCGCUGGUCCUUUGCUCGUCCGCCGCAAUCAGCUCCAUCAUCGUUGCGAUCGGCUUCAUGCAAUUCUCGAAUUGCUCGGGGUCGUCCUUGGCUCUGCGCAUGAGUGCGUAAAAAGCAGACCAGGUUUCAGGCACGGAGUCCAGAGCUUUAAUCAUGCGUGCGUCUUUAGAUUCUUGACGAGCGACGGCUUCGUCGCUGCGCUUGCGUUUGGACGCGGUUGACAUGUUGCAUUGGCGGUGGGGUUGCGGCGGAGGUAGAUCGACACCAAACGGAAGCUGUUGUUUGUGGACCAAAGGCUAUUAUUAAUAU